AUGAAUUUGACGUGGGGGAUGGGAGUCGCCAGUCGGGGCAAGAUGCGUGGACUAUCGCUGCCGGUGCUGGGUGCUGAGCCGGCUGGGAUUCCUCCCAAACCGCAGCAGAAGGCCGUUUCCAGGGGCUCGAAGAGACCGCCGCAUGUGCAGACAUCCUUGUCGACAGCGGCCGCGUUGUUGGAACAGUCGACUGUUGCCUCUACUGUGCCGACAGCCACGACUUAUACUGCUCACCCCGUCGCAUCGGUCGCAUCGGCCGCAUCGGCCGCAUAUCCGACUCGACAACAAGGCUUCCCCGGGUCGUCGGGUUUAGGGGCCCCUGGGAGUGCAUGUUGGGUGCCUCAUACUCCCACCUCUACAUAUGUAAGUCCUUAUCAGCCGAUCGCCGGACUGGGACUCUCUUCGUAUCCGUGUAAAUACCAAUCCCCAUACUACCCUUUGCAUCAUCAGUCUGCGCAAGCAUCUACGGGCCUGGUUCCAGCGUCGAUGGAGCAGCAGCAUGCUGGUUCUGAGAUACAAGGAAGUCAAAAGGAGGCACUGGAGCAACGAAGGGGAUAUUAUGAGUCAGAUAAUUUCGCGUGGCCCUUUUCCCAUUCCCCGUCAUAUUCCCAGCUACUCCUGGCGCGGUCGGUUGGUCGCACACCACGCCUCAAAUAUCUGAUCAGCUACUAUGUUGAAGUGAUCGCGCCGGUGAUCAUAACUUUUGAUAGCCCGACAAAUCCAUUCCGCACUCAUAUUCUUCGCCUGGCCGAGGACAGCGAAGCGCUUCAGGAAGCCAUUGCAUCUCUGUCAGCCAGCAACCUGAGAGAAAGGAGAAACCGCAAAACGAUCUCCACUGGCAGAACACUUCCCUCGCGCAUGUCUUGCAUGGCGCAUCGUGCCUUGACCGAAGGAGCUUCGCAAGAUAACUCUGCAGCAUACAUACCCGAAGGCAUAGACCGCGAGGUACUUUACCAUCGUGGAAUGGCUGUCAAAGCGUUAAACGCAGACCUGGCAAACCCGAAGCGCAGGCUAUCAGAUUCCGUCUUGGCGACAUUGCUGGUUCUUUGUCUUUUCCACACCUGCGACACGGGCAUUGCCAAGUUCGAAACCCAGUUUGCCGGGGUGAAGAAACUACUCGCCCUACGCAUGCGCGGUGCCAAAACCGCAUCGGAUGAACUGAAGUGGUUCAUUCGCAUGUUCACCUGGUUCGAUACUAUGACAGCAGCGAUGAACGACCGUGAGGCCCUUCUGCAGGAUGCAUGUUUGGAUAUCGCCGCCGUCUCCGAUGGGGAGUGCCCGCUCGAGAACAUAGCCGGAUGCGAUGCCAAUCUCUUCCGACUGGUGGCACAAGUAGGGCGUCUGAAUCUGCGCAGCCAGAAUAAACCUGUCGGCACAUCUGCCCCGCGGGACAUGUUUAUGCCUACGGCACCACUUCCGCCUUCGAUGCUUCGAUUUUCGCCCGUCGCAAGCGCCGACAAUACGUCUGUCUCCGGUGCUGUUAACAACUAUGGGUUCUCCAUGCCCAGCCCACCAAUCUGUGAGGAAGCCGGCCAACAUUCCUUGGCAGCGUUCUGGGCAGAAUGGUUCUCCCUCCGCCAGAAGCUCGAGUCCUGGCAUUUCGACCCAUCGGUGUACUGCCAUUCCGUCACUCCCCUCUCCGCCACAUCCUCUGAAUACUUAUCCCCUCCAUCCUCACCAUGCUCGAGGUCCUGGAUCGCGCCCGAAAACUACCAGGAUAUCUUCCACAUCUCGGAAUCAUUUCGCCACUCGGCCAUCCUCUAUUGCGAACGCCUCGCAUAUCCCUCCUUACCCUCUAGUCAUCCGCGCUUCCAGAGCAUUGUCCACCUGGCCAUGCAGCAUAUCUCCGCCGUUCAGUCCGAUGUGUAUCUCCUCUGGCCCCUUUUUAUUGUGGGUUCCGAAUGCGUCGACGAGUCCCAUCGCAUGGCGAUCCGGAAUCGCUGCUGCGACAUUUCCAACGACUCGGGCUUCUCCAACAACCUAUCUUGUCUUGAGUUGUUGGAGAAGAUUUGGGCACAGGAAUUGGAUAGAUCUUCUGGUGCACCAGCUGGUUUGUUCUGGAAUAAUGCUAUGCCCGGUGGCUGGACUCCCCAGGGACAAUUAUCCGUGUACGGGAGGAGUGGGUUCCGAUGGCACGAUGUCAUGGCAGAGAAACGAGGGGAUGGGGAAUACAUGGUUGUUUGA